AUGCCAGCGUCGAGUGCUAGCUCGCCUAGGAUUGAGGCGCUGUCUGCGGAGACGUUCUCGACUCCUGAUUUCUGUCCAUUGAGACUGGCCGAAAAGCCAAGGACCUUUCAGGAAUUGCCCCGAGAACCUCGAUUCUCGAGGUCUUACGAUUACCGGCGAGCUCAAUGCGAGGACGUGAAGAUGAUUACAACGUGGUUUAACUACCUUCAAAGUACGAUUGCGAAAUACGGUAUCCUUGAGGAGGAUAUCUACAAUUUCGACGAGACUGGCUUCGCUCUCGGCCUUACAGCCACUGCAAAAGUUGUGACGAGGACUUCGUACGGUCGGCGAGCUCUUUUACAGCCUGGAAAUCGCGAAUGGGUGACGACACUUGAAGCAAUAAGCGCGUCGGGGUAUACGUUACCGCCAUGCGUCAUUUUUAAGGGUAAGGUCUUUAUGAAGGCCUGGUUCGGCGAUACAGACCUACCGGCGACUUGGCUUUCGCAGUUACUGAAAAAGGAUGGACUACGCAUUCUAUAA